AUGGGACACAGCCGGCCAGGAGGAAUUCGACCGAUUGCGCGCGCUCUCAUACGAGGAUACCCAUGUGAUUAUGCUGUGCUUCAGUGUAAGAUCAAUGGUCAGCUUCCCGAACCCAUGGCUAAUUUGUGGAACAAGGUCGACAGCCCCGAUUCGUUCGAGAACGUGGCCAGUAAAUGGAUUGAGGAGAUCUCGGAGAAUGUCCCCGGGGUGAAACUCGUCCUCACGGCCCUCAAGUGUGACUUGCGCAAGGACGAGUAUCAAAAUGAUAACCCGAACGUCAUCACAUAUGAACAAGGACUGGCAAAGGCGAAGGAAAUUGGGGCCGUGAAGUACCUCGAGUGCUCUGCCGUCCAAAACCGCGGUAUCAGAGAGGCGUUUUACGAAGCCGCCAAAGUCGCCCUUGAGGUCAAGGCUCAGAACUCCAGCUCAUCGCAGAGCCGCUGCACCAUCCAGUGA